AUGUUCUUUAAAGCUUUUUCAGCCCCCUACAUAAGUGAUCUUUAUCGGUACUAUCUCAAUUCGGAUUUAUUGCCGAAUCCUGCAGAUAUUAGAAUACUUGCUAUUGGUGACCCUCAAAUCGAUGGUGCUUGGCCCAAUACAACACCCAGAAAGAGACUAGAUAUUUUUGGCAAUGAUUAUUAUCUUGGUCACAUAUAUUCUGUGAUGAAGAGGAGACUUCAACCUUCCGUUGUGACCGUGUUGGGGGAUUUGAUUUCUUGCAAUUGGGUGAGUGAUUCCGAAUAUUUCAACCGGACAGAACGGUACGCGAAUCGAUUAUUCCCGAGACCCGAUUCUGUGCGGCCCGAUUCACCCAGUGCGAUUGAUCUAUUGGAACGCCGAGGUAUCCGUAACCAGUCUUCCUAUGAAAAGUGGUUUCAUAAUGCACUGAAAUCAAACAUAUUUGAUGAUUCUUAUUUCGGAUAUGAGGAUUUGAACUCUUGGUCCAACGACUCCUCUGAACCCCUCUUUAUUAAUACUACCGGUAACCAUGAUAUUGGAUACAGUGGAGAGAUGACUUACGACAAUAUCUAUCGAUGGAAUAAGUUUUAUGGUAAGGAUAACUUCUGGAUCGAGUAUGCUAAAAAUACUUCCCAUCCAUGGAGAAUUGUAGUACUUAAUUCGCUAAUGCUCGAUGGUCCUGCCAAACAUAACGAUUUUGUCGAGGCCAAUUGGAAUUUUGUUCGCACCGUCUCCAAUAGGCAAUUUAAUGGGUCCACUAUUCUUGUAACCCAUGUACCCUUAUUUAAGCCUGCGGGAGUUUGUAGUGAUCCUCCGCAAACUCAAUUUUUCACCAAAGAGAAUUCGGCUGCCUACGAUUGGAAUAAAAUCGGCAAUCUUAAGUCUCAAAACUUGCUAAGUUACGAGACUUCGCAAAAAGUAUUGGACGCUCUUUUCAGAAACAAUCAGCCUGGAAUUAUUCUCAAUGGGCAUAAUCAUGAAGGCUGUCUUAGCUAUUAUUCACGUGACCAAUCUGGUGAGUGGAUAGUGUCCAAAGAUAGGCCCAUUAACGACACAGGUUCAUAUAUUAGAGAAGUUACCGUGAGAUCAAUUAUGGGAGACUAUGAUGGGAGUACGGGGAUCGUCACAGGUCAUUUUGAUAACAACAAAAAAAUCUGGAGAUUCGAAUAUAGCGUAUGUCCCUUCGUCGUUCAGCAUGUUUGGUGGGCCAGUAAAGUCACCCUAUUGAUUAGUAUAUUGUUACAAUCUAUAGCUUUUUUUGUGUGA